CUGGCCUACACCCGGACGCUCUACAACAGCGCAGCUAUUACUAAUCAGCCGCAAACACACCCCCGAUCGAGUUCAUCACCAGCUGGUUUGCACUCUUAAUCUCUUUUGUCAUUACCCUUCUUUCUCAGCUCUCUGCAAAAAAAACUGCUUCCUCAUCUGAAAAUCCCAUUCCCCAUAAAUGGCUUCUCCCGAUCACCAGCUGCAAUCUCAUCAUCAUCACCAUAAUCCUCAUCAACAACACCAAGAACAACAUCUCGCAACCCUAACCUUGACAAAUACUACUUAUUAUAUUACUAUAAUUACUACUACAGACCAUGCAUUACUCCAAGCAGAACAGUGGUUCAAGUAGUGGAACUACUACUGGCAGUGGUUUUGGCCGGAGCUACCGUGGGGUGAGGCGGCGGAGCAGUGGCAAGUGGGUUUCCGAAAUUAGGGAGCCUAGAAAACCUAAUAGAAUCUGGUUAGGCACAUUCCCUACGCCCGAAAUGGCUGCGGUUGCUUAUGAUGUUGCGGCCUUGGCUCUCAAGGGUCAAGAUGCCGAGCUCAACUUCCCUAAUUCUGCACCUUCCUUGCCUGUUCCAGCCUCCGCUUCCCCGCGUGACAUCCAGGCGGCUGCAGCCUCUGCUGCCGCGGCUAUUGGGGCGGCAGCGGCUGCGAUGGGUGCUGCGGCAGCCAAGGAUGGUGGUAAUUCGUCCGGAGGGAUUAGUUGUGGUAAUCAAUAUCAGGGAGGACAAGAUUUUCUACUAGAACAGGAAAGAGGAGUUUAUAAUCAUGAGUAUGUUGAUGAGGAUCUCAUCUUUAAUAUGCCUAAUGUUCUAGUGAAUAUGGCUGAAGGAAUGCUUCUCAGUCCUCCUCGCUUGGACAUUGCUGGUGAUGGAGAUCAUGACUACUACGUUGGCAAUGCCGGGGACCAAAAUCUUUGGAAAUUUCAUUAGUGUCACAUUAUAUAUAUCAUCCUCUCUCUCUCUCUCUAUUUAUAUAUAUAUACAUAUUUAUAUAAUCAAGACUAAAAGAGAAAAAAACUUUGAGAAAUAAAUGAAACCAUACCCUUAAGAUGUGUAUGUAAUGUAAUAUAAAUUAAGGGAGUGUAACGAAACCUAGGUUAAUCCAUGACACAACCCAUAAUAAGUGCGAACUAGUACUGUAUGAGUGGAUUGUCAUCUUUUGUUUUCUUGCUUUUUUUUCAUUAUCUUUUUGUGGCUUUGUUUCUUUUGUUUUUAAUCAUAUGUACAUAGUACUUUGUAUAUUUGAAACUGCUCGAUCGUGUUAUAUCAACCUUUUUAUCUUAAUAUUGCCUGUCUUAAUUUCCAGUCCUCUAACAUUUAUAUGCUCAUUAAUAUUCUCAGAAUCUGGCGAAGAUAGGAAACCUUAUCCUAAAGUCUGUCUGAGUGUCUUUGCAAAUUUCUUACAUACAUUUAUAUGUAUAUAAUAUAUUCUUGUUUAAUUAGGGUUGAAAUACGUAUAUAUGAG